AUGCCCGCGCCCGGCCCGAAGGACGGGCACGCGUCCAAGGCCAGUCGCGAUCUCGGCGGUCGGCGCGGGCUGACGCGCGAGAUUAAAAACGUCAGCGUCAAGUCGAACGGGUUCAAGGGCGGCGGCCAGGGCGGCGUCGCGACGACGAAUCGCGGACUCGCGGGCGUGCGGCUGGGCGAGGGCGGCUCGGCGCGCUCGGUCGCGGCGCGACAGCGAUUGCGCGCGCGGUUCCUGGCGGGCGAGGCGGGGAAGGCGGCGAAGGCGGCGCGGACGGUGGGGAGGAAGCGCGCGCGAGAGGCGGCGGCGACGGCGACGACGACGACGACGACGACGACGACGGCGGCGACGGCGACGACGACGACGACGACGACGACGACGGCGGCGGCGGCGGACGCGCGCGCGGUGGAAGGCGACGUCGUGGAGGCGAAAUCGGACGACGCACACGUCGCGGGAAGCGAGAACGAUUACUUUUGCGACGUGUGCGCGUGUAAGUGUGGGUCGCGGAACAACUAUGAGACGCACGUGGCGUCGAAACGACAUCGUCAGAACCGGGACGCGGCUCGAGGACGCGAAAUUUUGGCCUCGUUGAAGCGACAGCGCGUGGAGAUAUCGGGAGAGGCGUGA